AGAAGAAAGCUAGCCUCUGGAAGUGAAUAUGUGAUAUUAGUCAUGGCGUUUCCUGUUCAUCGUGAUCUGCUUUUAGGGUUUCUUGUUAUUGUGGGUUCACUGAGUCACUGUUUAGCUGCCGGUGAUAAUAAUACGCAUAAUCCGAGCAGCUACGACACUGUUUCACUCAACCGGAGCAGUUUCCCACCCGGUUUUCUUUUUGGAGCCUCGUCGGCUGCUUAUCAGUAUGAAGGUGCAGCAAAUGCAGGUGGUAAAGGGCCAAGUAUCUGGGAUUAUUUCACUCACAAAUAUCCAGAAAAAAUAUCUGAUGGGAGUAAUGGAGACGUGGCCAUUGAUCAGUACCACCGAUACAAGGAAGAUGUGGGGAUAAUGAAGGAAAUGGGGUUAGAUGCCUACAGAUUCUCAAUCUCAUGGCCUCGAAUUCUACCUAAGGGAAAGCUAAAAGGAGGUAUCAACGAGGAAGGAGUGCGAUAUUACAACAACCUCAUCAACGAGCUCCUAGCCCACGGUAUUCAACCUUUCGUGACAUUAUUCCACUUCGAUCUUCCUCAAACUUUAGAGGAGGAGUAUGGCGGUUUCUUGAGUCCCCAUGUCGUGGAUGAUUUCCGCGAUUACGUAGGCGUUUGUUUCGAGGAGUUUGGGGAUCGGGUGAAGCACUGGGUAACCUUGAACGAGCCGUGGAGUUUCUGCUAUUUUGGCUAUACGACUGGGGUAGAGGCACCCGGGCGGUGUUCGGAAUGGCAAAUGCUGAACUGCACGGGCGGUGAUUCCGGCACGGAACCGUAUAUAGUCGCGCACCAUCAGAUUCUUGCUCAUGCUGCCGCCGUGAAAUUGUACAGAAAGAAGUACCAGGCUUCUCAAAAGGGGAUAAUAGGAAUAACGUUGGUGUCUGGUUGGUUUGUGCCUUACUCCAAUGCAAAGCAUAACAGAGAUGCAGCAUUAAGAGCUUUGGAUUUCUAUCUCGGAUGGUUUAUGGAACCGAUCACACACGGUGACUACCCACGUAGCAUGCGUGCUCUCGUUGGAAGCAGACUCCCCAAUUUCACGAAGGAGGAGUCUUUGGUCGUAAAAGGGUCGUUCGACUUUCUCGGAUUGAACUAUUACACCUCUUCCUACGCGAAAAAUGCACGUCGUUCUAAUUCGCCUCCAAGCUACGUGACCGACGCACUCGUAAAUCAAACGGCCAAGCGCCAUGGAGUCCUAAUUGGUCCGCAGGCUGCUUCCAGUUGGCUAUAUGUGUAUCCCAGCGGAAUUCGCAGUCUUUUGCUCUAUAUAAAGCAAAAGUACAAUAAUCCACUCAUUUACAUUACCGAGAAUGGGAUCGAUGAAUUCAACAACUCGACACUACCGCUAGAGAAACAGCUGUCCGACUACACAAGAAUCGAUUAUCACUAUCGCCAUCUCUUAUAUCUCCGAGAUGCGAUUAAGGAUGGCGUGAAGGUGAAGGGCUACUUCGCGUGGUCACUGUUGGACAACUUCGAGUGGGCUAGCGGCUUCACUGUUCGAUUUGGCAUCAACUAUGUCGAUUACCAGAAUGGGUUGAGGAGAAUCCCCAAAGGCUCAGCAUAUUGGUUCAAGAACUUUCUCAAGAAGUAUUGAAGAUGAGGAUAUACAUUGCAUACAUUGGAAACUGUACUAAUGUACUUAUCAAUUCAACCGAAGAAAUCCAUUAAUAUAGAAUUGUAAUUUCCUCGAAUAAAACAAUGUACAGAUUUGAUUCAGAAAGCGAUUCAAAUUUGACCAUAUCAAUGAACAAGCGUCGGAAAA